AUGACUGAUCAAUCCCAGAAGAACCAGGCACCGGCCGCCCUCAACGAAUCAAACGAUUCAAGAGGCGUUGUUCCCCUCGAACUCUUCCUCGAAAUCGCAGACCGCUACGUCGAAUCCGCCUACGCCCAAGCCGCAGCCGAAGUCUCGACAUGGCACGUCGAAGGCUGCCCAGACGCCAUCGACUCAAUCUACAUCAGCGACAACCACGCCUACGACUAUGCCUCCCAGGCGAAGCGCUGGCGCCUUGUCAGCACCCUCGCCAACCUCCGCAGCAGGCGCGUCUCGGACAUCGUCGACAAGACGUUUUGCAAGUUCCCUCGGCACCACCACGUGCCCCGUCACCACCGCACCCCGGCAAACGCCACAGAAUGGUCUACAACGGGGCAGAGGAGCAGCGGCAUCGUCAACCCGCCUAGACACGCCUGGGUCCUCCCCGACAUCGACGUCUUCGUCCUCGACUUCAAAGCCGCGGACCGGCAUAACAACGCAGACGGCGAGAACCCGGAACCCCUCGAGACCGCGAUCCUCCAAACUUCACAGGAAGCCACGAGAGGACCGCUCCGCAUGAUCCGCAGCGUCAGCAGCAGCUUGAGAAACCUAAUGACCGCUAGCGGAAAGCAGAUCCGCGCGCUCGCGGCCUUGCCGGAGUUGAGGUGCGUGCAGGCGUGGUGCGCGAUCCGGAGCCCCGUGCAGCCCGCCGACGAGCCGCUGCACGACCACACGGCGGUUUUGCCUGUUGAUCCGGCGAUCUUGCCUGACCUUGCUGCGGAGUUGGCGCUGAGCGAUACGCGGCUUUUGCUGUUGUGGGAGCCGUUGUUUGAUGCUGGUGUGGAGAUUACGGUUCGGCCGAGGUAUGCUUUGCGUGGGGAGAUUGAGCUCGUUCGUACGGAUGAGGGUUUGCGGAUGAGGUUUCUUGAGGAGGAGUGUAGGUGCUAUCGGAUUGAGCUGGAAUAA